AUGGCGGGUCGUGUUAACUUUGUUUUCAACUUUUGGGGUAUAUGGAAAAAGGAUGAAGUUUCUGGUGAUUUGAUUCACGAUGGUUAUAAUUCUGCUGAGUUUGAGGAAACUAUUGAUAAUAUGACUUUUGAUCGAAUUAACGAAGAAUAUGAGAAGAUAUAUGGGAGUAAACCUAAGAAAAUUUAUGCGUGUGAUGAGGACUAUAAGCUAGAGCUUGGGCUAGUUCACCUUAGGGAUUCUAGGCACUGUCAUAAGGUGUUAGAUUACUUUGAGUUAGUUGGCCAAGAUGAGAUACUACUAUAUGCUGACCAUGACCGAGAUCCUAUGCCUUCUAUCACUCUAUUUGCCUUGUUCCCGGAUGAUAGUGAUAAUGAGGCAGUAGAUGGGGCAGGGGCAGAACCAACUGGGGUGGAAGGGGCAGAACCAACUGGGGUGGAAGGGGCAGAGCCAGGUAGUGUAGUUGAACAAGAGGCAGAGAGGGAGGUUAGGCUUGGAGAGGAGGGUAAUGAUCAUGAGGGAGAGGAGGCAGAGACUGAGAUUAGUCAUGAGAGAGAAGAGGCAGAGAGUGAGCAUGAUGAGAGAGAUUCUGAUGAUUCCAGUGUGUUUAGUCAGGAAUCAUCAGAUUGUGAGGAAGAAACUAAGAGUGUGAUGGUUGGGUCUGUACAAGAUGGGGAGGAUGGUAGUUUUGCUUUGGGCAUGACUUUUGCAAAUGCCCAGGAUGCUAGGGAUGCUAUACAUGCAUAUGGGGUGAAGUUUGGGUACAAAUUGAAGUUCCUUAAAAAUGAACCUAAGAGAAUAAGAGUUGUUUGUAUGAAUGAAGCACAGUGUCCAUUUGUUAUUCAUGUGUCUAAUGAUGGUGAUGUAGAAGGAAACCCAAAGUUCACUAGUAAAGAUAUGCAAGGCCAUGUAAAGGAGCAUCUUAAGCUGCAUGUGAGUCUUCACAAGUGUAAGAGGGCUAAGAAAGACAUCAUAAGUAACCUUAAGGGCAGCUACAAGGAAGAAUUCAAUAGGCUUUGUGCAUAUAUUGAAAAGGUUAAGGAAGUCAUGCCCGGUAUAAAAAUGGAGCUUGGUUUGUCUGUUGAACAGUUAGAGAGCAACAAAAGAGUCUUCAAGAAGUUGUUUGUUAUGUUGGAGCCAUUGAAACAGAACUGGUUGGGAGGGUGUAGGAAGUUAAUUUGUCUUGAUGGAUGCCAUCUAAAGGGGGUCACCUUUGGCUGCCUUUUGACAGCAGUGGGAAAUGAUGGCAAUGAUGGGAUAUUGCCUAUAGCUUGGGCUGUUGUAAACAAGGAAAACAAAAGUAACUGGACAUGGUUUGUGAGACAUCUAAAGCAAGAUUUACAGCUUGAGGGAGGAGAGAACAUCACCAUAAUCUCAGAUAUGCAGAAGGGUUUGAUGGAAGCUGUGAAAGACAUAAUUCCAUAUGCUGAGCACCGGUGGUGUGCAAGGCAUAUAUAUGCCAACUGGGCUAAGAAGUGGAGAGGAGAGGAGAUGAAGAAGAGAUUUUGGAUUGCAGCAUGGAGUAGCUUUGAUGAAGAGUUCAAACUGAACAUGGCCAAACUGAGGAGCAUAAACAAGAAGGCCCAUGAUGAGCUUCUACACUACCCUCCUGCUCACUGGUCCAGGGCAUAUCAAAGCACCAGAUGCUCUACAAACAUGGUAGAUAACAAUUGCUCUGAGUCUUUUAAUUCUAGCAUAAGUGAUGCAAGACACAAACCUAUUAUCAGCAUGCUAGAGGAUAUUAGGUUGCUUGCCAUGAAGAGGAUUAGGGAGAGGAAAACUGGAUUGGAUAGUUGGAAGAGUGUCUGGUCCCCAUCUGCAAUGAAAACAUUUGAAGCAAAUAAGAGUGACUCAGUGUACUGUAAUGUGGUGUGGAAUGGUGAGUAUGGGUAUGAGGUGACUGAUGGAUUGGAUAGACACAUAGUGUUUAUUGAUACAAAGACUUGCACCUGUAGGGGUUGGGACUUGACUGGAAUCCCAUGUUCACAUGCCAUCGCUUCUUUUUUUUCAAGCUCACUGGAUCCACUUCUUUCCAUUAGUGAGUGUUACCACAGGGACACAUAUGCCAAAACAUAUGAACACUUGAUCCAACCACUGCCCGGUGUGAAGUUUUGGAAUGUGAAAGCUCAAGAUGCCAUAGAACCACCCCAAGUGGAAAAGAAGAUAGGACGGCCUAAGAAGAACAGAGGUGGGGAAAAAACAACACUGCACCCUCUGUAG